AUGAGAUCUUCUUCUUAGCCUCCUGUGACCCAAUCGGCAUCAAAUUAAUUUAGUAAAGUCCUUAAUGAAAGGCUGUCCAAACAAGAUCAAUGGCAAAGAAACUAUAAAAAUUUGCCUCUCAUCAGAGAAAACUCUCAAGAUUAUCGAGAACUAUGUGAGGGAAUUAUACCUUAAGAAGAAUUCUUUGUUACUCAGCUUAUGGAUAUCACAGAGCAAUUCAAAGGCCAUCACAUGACAAAGAUGAUUAGAGAGCUUAAAUAAGACAAGGCAAUUUUAUAAUAAAAGCUUGAAGAAUAUAAAACGAAACUUGAACAAAUGGAGGAUAAAUAUAGAGGAGUUGAUGAGAAAAUGUUGAAACUUACAUAAGAUGCAGAAAAAUUAACACAGAUGAAUCAAAAUCAAAAAAAGCUAAUCGAUGACUAUCAAAAAACAAAUGAAAAUAUAUCUAUAAAGAUCAGAGAAGGCGUGGCCAAUAUGAUGAGUAAGUCAGCUAAUACCUCUCCCAUGAAUAGCCCUACUCUCAAUACUUCCGAUGAAUAGAGCCAAAAGAUAAACAAUGGAAUAAAAUUAGGCCUUAGUUCAUUAUUGUCUAAAAAGAAUCCCCUAGAUAAUGUGGAAGAGGAAACUAAACUUGAAAUUAUUAAGGAAGAGGAUGAAGCUGCAUAGGAAACACCAAGAGCUUAAAAGAUUGUUAGAAAUAAGACAAGGACCAAGUCUUCAGCUGGGAACGAUGCUCUAAUGAGAUAGACUACUGAGAAAAAAUAAGUCACAAUUGAAGAGUAAAAAGAGUAAGCAACUAGCCCAUUAAAGACCUAGCAGUAAUCACCUCAGAAUCAAUAGAAACUAUUAGAAAGCAAAAUUAGUGAGUUGGAAGAAGAGAUAAUUUAACUUUAGAAUGAAUAAAGACUCCACGAUAAAACUGUUGAAGAUCUUAGGAGUAAAAAUCUUUUGCUAAGGAAAGAUUUAGAUGAAGAGUAUGAAUAAAAUGGAAAGCUGAAGGUUUCUUAAUAGGAGCAAACAUAAGCACAUAGGCUAAUGCAAGAUAAAUGGGAAAAAGAUAUGCUCGAACUAGAAGAGAAUUUCAAUAAGAGAUUGAGGGAACAUUAGUAGAUAUAAAAUUCAAACAAAGAUGAUGUAAAUUAAGAGCUGAUAGAGCAGAUUUAGAAACAAGAUAUUUUCUAUAAUGAUUUGUUUCAUCACUAUCAGUAACUUCAAAAUGACUGGAGAAGUAUGGAAAAUCACAUAAGGGGAGUUAACUUGAAUCAAAGCUAAAUCGAAUAAAAAUACUCUCUGUUGCUAGAGUAGUUUUAAUAAGUUAUCUUAGAAUACUCACAUGACGAAGUAAUUCACAAAUCUUAAUAAGAGCAAGAAGAAAUUUACUAGAAAAUGCUGGCACAAAAAGAUGAUUAGAUUAGGAGUCUGGAAGAAGAGGAUAGAAGAAAGGAUAAAUUAAUUGAACAACUUCAAGUUAAAAUUGAAGAAAAUUAAAAAAAUUAGCAGUAAGAUAUUGAGAAUCUGAAAUUGAUUAAGAAGCAAACUGAACAAAUGGAAGGCAAAUUCUCAAAGCAAAUAUAAGAGCGAGACACCUAAAUCUAGAGUCUUCAAUAUCAGCUAUUGAAUCAAAGCAGAUUAAACACCUCACCAGGGCAAUUAAAAGAUAGUGAGAGCUACUAGUUGCAAAAAAAAGACAAAGAAAUACAAGAGCUGAUUAAAACUAAAGACCUUAAUUAGAAGCUUAUCAUUUAGUUGGAGAAACAACUCAAAGAUUCAGAAGCAAAGCUUAACAAAUUGAAAUCUCAGUCUUAAGAACAGUCAAAGAGAGAUAUUGAAAAUCUGUAGAAGGUUUCUUAGCAGUAACUAUCUGAGUUAGAUGAAUUGCAUAAGGCUAGAUAAUAAGAUCAAAGGGAGUUGUAGCAACUUAGAUAGUCAAACCAUUAAUUAGAAGCUGAUAUUAAGGCUGUUAUGGACCAACUUGAACAGCAAAUCUAAAGCAAGAAUCAAAUCUCACAAUAGCAGUAAGAUGACUAUGAUGAGGAGUAGUUUAACUCAGAUAUGCAGGAAUUAGACUUUUACUUAAAUGAAAUGAGAGAGGUCAAAUCUAGAAUUCAACUUAACUGUAUUGAGACAAAAGCUGCGAUAUUAAACCAAAGAUUAACAAACAGAUAGUUAGAAGACUUUGGCAUUGGAUCUAUCUAGGUAUAAUUUAAAGAUAGUAUUAAAACUACUAUCAUUAUGCUAAAAGAUGUAAUAAGAUAGGAGUUAGAGCAUUUAAUAGUUUUGAAUUCUUAGACUAUUGAGAUUCAAGAGAUCUCUUAGGAUUAGCAAUCCUAAUUAGCUAUAUAGCAAGAAUAGUAAAAAACGGCUGUUAAAAAGCAAAGCCCCUCAAAGAAUCAUCAAGCACUUCCAGUAAAUUAGCAAACUUUCAACACAUAAUCAAAUGAAGACGCAAUUAAAGAGCUCGAAGAAAAGAUAUUCAACAGGCUGAUCAGACUAGUUGAAGAUGAUUCAGUGCAAAUAUUGAGCACAGACGAGCUUCUUGAUCAAGUAACUUUUAAUUUCUAAAGACUACUUCAAGAAAACAACGACCUAAUCAAAAUUUAAACUCUCAAUAAUCAGAAUUUAGACUAUGAGAAUAUUGCCAAUGAAUACUAAUAGUUAGUAGAUGAAAACUAAUCUCUUAGAGAAAAAGUAAGAGUCCUAUAGAACGAGCUCUCUUUAAAGAUUAGAGAAAUGGAAAUUCGAAUGUUGGAUCAGCAAAAGAGCGAUAGAGAUCAAAACAUGAAGUUGGUAGAGGAAGUUAAUGAAGUCCAGUAAAAAAAUAAAAUGCUUUAAGACUAGAUAACUGAUAUUCUGCACAAGUACUAGAUCAUCGAUCAGCAGUAUCAAAAUUAGUUUAAGGAAAACAACCAAUUACAGAGGAUGCUUGAAUCAUAUUAACAUUAAAUCACAGCUUCAAUGGCAAGUGAUAAAACACCCUCAAUCAAAGAUUAAAAAUCCAAGCAGAGCCUGGAGAGAAAGCAUAAUACAGAGGAAAACAUUUCAAAACAUGAUGGUCAGUUGGGUAGUUCUUCUAUCAAACUAUCUUCGAAUAAUCUUUAGACCAAUUCAACCUAGUAUAACAAUAUGAUUAGCAGCACUGCAGACAGAGAAAGAUACUUUAGUCCCUCUGAUAAAUCCAGCAAUAAUAAUAUGAGCAUUAAAAAUUUCGAUGAAAAAGAAGAUAAUGAAUUGCUAAGAAGCAAAUCUACCAUCAGUAAAGGCACAGUCUAGUCUAAGAACAAUCCUCAUAAUAAUAUAGUUCACCAAAACUACAAAAAUCAGGCAAAGACUCUUGCUCCUAGCAUUCAUAGAUACAAUUAUUCCUAGAAUAAUAAUAAUAUUAUAAAAGCUAAGAGUCAUAAGUUCAAUCAUAGAGAGGAAGAAAACGACAAACUAAAUAAGCUUAUUGAUGAAUAUAGGAAGGAAAAUGAGAAAUGUGCUAUGAAAAUAUAAGACUUACAGCUAAAGUUACAUACCACUUCAAACAAAUUUUAGGCUGAAAAAGAUAAGAAGGAGUCAUUAAUAAAGUCAUAGAUAUCUUCUAAGAAAUCUCAAAACAGCUUUGACUUAGGCUCGUAUAAGCCUGCUGGUAGCAGUCUUUCGUAUGAGCAACAAUUUAGUGAUUGUAGUAAUCAAAGGGCAUAAGUAAGAGAUAAUUAUUAAAAGUUGUAGAAUCCACAUCAGUUACACCAAUUGAAUACGCUUUAAUAUCUUGCUUAUUAGGACAAUUAGUUCCCCUAGAGCCAUGGUGUAACUCCAAGUGCUAAUAAUUAAAAAAUAUAGGAAUAGAUGGUCCAGUAAAUGGGGAAUAGUCAACGACCAGUUAAUUCUCAUUUUUAUUCGCCUAGAGAGACGAUUAAUCAACCUUUAAAUUAACCAAAUGCUCAGCAGAUGUCCUCUCUAAGACACGGCUUUAUGGCCAAUAACAUGAACCCAGUCAUUGACUAAUCUUACUAUGGACUUUCCAAAAAAUUGCAGGCCUAUAAUAAUGAGUAAAAAUCUGGGCCUAAGCAUGAAACUAGAAACAGUCUGAGUAAUUAGAAUAGUUAUGAGAUAAACAAUAUGAAACUUGGAAAUGGUAGUAAUGUUAAUAAUAACUAAUUAGAUGAUGGGAUUAGUGAUCGACUAUAAAAAAGACCUAGUCUAGGUGGAAGCAAAUCCAAAAAAUCAAGUGGUUACAGCAAUAACAAAGGAUUAUACUACUGA